AGUGCCUGAAGGUCCUUACGAAAUAAACAAAUUGGGGUCCUUUCUUGCUGUGCGCUAACAUCGAACCGAUUUUAGUCACAUUGUUUACAUAACUCAGGUGAAUUUGACCAAAUUGUGUUAUAUUAUUUUUAAAAGUGUGAUUGGGUGCAAUUAUUAAAAAAUAAAGCGUUUUAAUUAAUACCCGAGGUGAACCAAGCGCUUUGUUUUUAAACGCCAAUAGGUUUUUCCCCCCUUUUUUUAGUCGCCGUCAUAGCAAACCUAGCAUUAGCAUUAGCGAAGCAAACAAGCUAAAGCCAGCAAUUUAAGAUUUUUUUGACUAUACUUAAUUCAAGGGGGGCGUGAAUGAGCAGCAAUGUCGGGCAUUGCUCUUAGCAGACUGUCUCAGGAGCGCAAAGCCUGGAGGAAAGAUCACCCCUUUGGAUUUGUUGCUGUGCCUACUAAGAAUCCAGAUGGUACCAUGAAUCUGAUGAACUGGGAAUGUGCCAUCCCUGGAAAGAAAGGAACCUUAUGGGAAGGAGGACUGUACAAACUGAGGAUGCUGUUUAAAGACGAUUACCCGUCUUCCCCACCCAAAUGCAAGUUUGAGCCGCCCAUCUUCCACCCGAAUGUGUAUCCCUCAGGGACAGUGUGUCUGUCGAUCCUGGAGGAGGACAAAGACUGGAGACCUGCCAUCACUAUCAAACAGAUCCUCUUGGGUAUUCAAGAGCUGCUGAACGAGCCAAACAUUCAGGACCCUGCACAAGCUGAAGCCUACACAAUCUACUGUCAGAACAGGAUGGACUAUGAGAAGAGGGUAAGGGCGCAGGCCAAGAAGUUUGCCCCCACAUAGAGGGCAGAGCUCUCCUCUGUGCUGCCCAGCAGUCUGACGCCAUGCAGGAGGCAGGCAGCGCUUGAAGGACCACUCCAAUAAGAAUCCAUCUUUGAGUAGUAUUUUGCUGUCGCGCAAAUGACAAGCAAGCCCUUUUCUCCUUCUCAACUUUUCAACAAUUCUUUUUUUCUCUGUAAAAUAAAAUAAAAAAAUAAGGAAGGCAUUACCGGUAGCUGAUCAAGCUGAGAACUGCUGUCAGUAUGACUCUCGUAAACAUCUACCAUCCAUAUACGGAGCUUUCAUUAACACAAGAAACAGCGUUUUGCCAUCCAGGAAGGUUGUUUGUGGCAGAUUUGAUCUGCUGCACCAUCAUUCUUUUUUGUCUUUUUCUAAAAGCCUCAAACAUCUUUUACUUUUAAGAGUGUGAAAUGAAACAAACCAGUCAGAAGCACAACAAUAUUUUCAUCACAUCAGCCUUUACAUCUGAAGUUUGAGAUUAAAGGAUAAUUAUUUACAUUAAGAAAAAGACAAACUUGGCACGUCAUGAAAUCGGACGGUUGAAGUUGGGAGGAAGUGAAGUUUCUGUGGGUGUUUGCCAAUAAAAAUAAGAACUAUUUAUGCUGAGGCAGGAGAGUCUUUGCUCCAAAAAAAACCUCCAUUACAUCCUUGAAUAUUGUGACGAGUCUUUUGUGUGAAUCCAACUGCAAGUGAAGCCGUGUGUCAGUUACUGUGAUGAACUCCACACACAUUUAUCAUUCGUGUGUGCUUCCAGAGAUGGUGUCAUCAGCCGCUUUGUUGCUCGUUUUGGCCCAUUUCAUUCAUUUGAUCCCGCAAUGCUUCCACGAAAAAACACAGGUGUGUAUAAAUCCCCCCCAAAAAAGAACAAAAGAGCUCAAUGGAGCUGAAGGAACCUCAAUGCGACGGCCUCUAAACAACCAAACGGGACAGAGGAAAGAACAGUCGAGGGAGCAAAGGCCUGAUCUCUAUGCCUCCAAACAUGAGUGCAUGUAAAUAAUAUAAAUAUAGGAAAACUGUGGAAGUUGUUUUAUAUUGUAUUAGCCAGUUGACAUUAUUUGUGGCAUUAUGAUAAAAGACAAUACAUGGUCUAAUAUUGUGAAAUAAAAUUCAAUAAAAGCUUUAAAAAACU